AUGGCUGUCGUCCUUUUCCUCAUCGUCUUCGGCGCUGUUCUCCUCGGCCUUGCGCUUUCCUUCCAGUGUGACGACGUGGUAAUCCGGGUAGAUAGCCUCGACUUUCACAACAUGUCCUUUUCGCAACAACCCGCGAUGUCCGGCUCGGGCGAUAAGAUGCUGCUGCUGAGCGCACAGCUGAACGUGUCGGCGAACGUGUUCAACCCGAACGAAAACACGAUGGUGGUGGAGCAGCUGUUUGUCGCGAUCGACGGCAUGGACCAUCCGAUGACGAAUGUCACGCUGCCCGGAUUCACGCUCGCCCCUAGGGGCAACCUAACGCAGACCAUCAACUUUGUGGUUUCGGGCUACCCGUUGUUCACCAUCGCAGCCAAUGAGAGCCUGCUGCGGCUCUCUGACAAGACCAAGAAUCUACCCUUCAAGAUGGUGGUGAAAUCACUAGGGCAUGUUAUCUAUCAUGGCUUCAACACCCCUUCAUAUUACGCGGGAAAUUUGUCUCGCCACGUCAGCGUGACGGCUCCAGCCAUAGAGCCCGCAGGACCGUCCGAUGCGGAUUUUGCGCCAAAAUCCAUGGACGAGCGUUUUCAAAGCAUCUUGGCGAAGAGAAACCGCCAGGUUCGGGCUACCGAGGCCGCGGUUCGGCAGACAGCGGCGCGGCAGGCUCGGAUCGCGUCGCAGCGGCAAAUCACGGUAGAAGACGUUCACGCUGUGGCGAACAUGGCGCCAGAUUUCCCGCCGCGUUUCACGGCGCAUGUUUCGGUGGCGGGUGCUGCUGGGUCUCAUCAACCAACAGAUCCGUUUUUGGACGACUCGUUUGUAGGUUACAGAGGUCGUACAAGUGAGAGUGCAGAGGACGAGGAGGAGGAGAUGGAAGAUGCGACUAUAGAUGACUACAAGAAAAGUGACUCUAGGGGUGUGACUAAAGGCAAACACGCCACGCUGGCACCUGGCGGUUCUAGCAAUCCGACACGUCACACCUUCGAUCCCACUGGCAGGCGCUCAGCCAAUCACAGCAUUCCCCUGGCCAAAACCCCAUCAGCAUCCGCCGCAAAAGCCGCCGCUGCUGCUGCUUUGGCUGGUAGUCGCGUUAAGAAGAAUUCACAAGCUGUUACUGAUCAAAUUACUGAUCGGGGAAGAGAUUCUGGUCGCCACAAGUCCACCCAGUCUUCUCCUCCUCCUCAUUCCCGUUCCGCUGAUCGUUCUCGUCGUUCUCCCAAACCCACUGCUUCACUUGCCGGUGGACUAAUGACGGCCUUUCAUCCUUCCCUUACCUCCCCCUUUGUUGCUGCUCCCACGGGGCCUCUCCUUCCCAAUCCGGUGCUCUUUCGGACCAUACCUGUUUCUGUUGGAGGUCUGGUCGGAGGUUUGGUGUCUCCAGACCCUAGGUAUAGGGAGGAGGAAGUUGGAAGAUGGGGUGGGGAGGGGUGUCCAGAGAGGGAGGGCAAGUGGGAGGAGGGUGGGCCAUGUGUUCCUAUGUCAACUUGA